CGUUCAUUCAGCGUCGAGUCUUCUGCGCUCUGCCGCCAUCAGUGAAAGACAAAGACAGAGUUUAUUGAAGGACAGUGAGAAGAUGAGUGAUCCAGAACCCUGCAGAAUUAAACAGGAAGACACUGAAGAACUAAUAGACCCGAGUGAAGACAUGAAGGUCUACCUUGAUCUCCGUAUAAAGACGCAGCCUUUGUUAUGCUCUCUGUGUGGAAAGAAUUUUGCAUGCAAACGGAGUUUGAGAAGACAUCAGACGAUUCACACUGGAGAGAAACCGUACAAGUGUUCACAGUGCGACAGCAGAUUCCGUCAGGCAGAAUAUCUGAAAAAACAUGAGAUGAUCCACAGUGGAGAGAAACCGUACAAGUGUUCACACUGCGACAAGAGCUUCAGCUUGUCGGUAUAUUUGAAAACCCACGAGAGGACUCACAGUGGAGAGAAACCGUACACAUGUAUCGAGUGUGGGAAGAGCUUCAGGCGAUUAUCACACCUUAAACGACACAUGAAGAUCCACACAGGAGAGAAAACGCACGAAUGUGAGCAGUGCGGCAAAACCUUUUCACGGCCUUCAGAGCUGAGGAUCCAUAUUAGAGUUCAUACAAAAGAGAAGCCUUAUCCAUGCUCCGUGUGUGGAAAGAGUUUUUCACAGUCGUCAAGUUUAAGACUACAUCAGAAGAUCCACAUCGGAGUGAGAGAGUAUGUGUGCGUUGAAUGUAAUAAGACUUUUAUUAGAGCUGGAGACCUGAAACAGCACCAGAGGAUUCACACCGGAGAGAAACCGUUCACAUGUACUGAAUGUGGGAAGAGCUUCACGAAGUUAGCAAUUCUUUAUAAACACAUGAUGAUGCACACUGGAGAGAAAUCAUAGUGUGAGUAAUGCAGCAAAACUUGUUUGAGUGCUUCAGAGCUGAAGGUCCAAGUCGGCGCCAAACAACUAGCGACAAAUGUUAGCCGCAUUUCCACUAUCGGGCCAGUGCGAGUCAGGGCUUUAAUCGGGCCAGGCCGGGCCAACAGCCCGGGAGGUUGAGAAAUGAGGCCGAAAUCAUGUCGCGUUUCCACUGUCGGGCUAGUUGCUCGCAGCGCGUCACGCAAACACCGCCCCCAGAACGUCCCCCGAAUCAAACGUCACACAACCCGUCACACAACCCGCCCACUUCAGCGGGAACAAAAAACUCAAAUUAUAACCACAAACACAACCUGGCAUCACUACGAGAGCUGGAAGAUGGAGAACACCGAAGCGAUUGCUUUUUUACUGUUUGUGGUCUGUUGGUGUAAGGCCAGACAGCGAUCCCUGGAUAAGGACAUUCGAGUUCGGCGGCAUUUACUUCGAACACAGAUUUUGGCUGCAAGGCGCAAAAGAGCAGCCGAGCGACGAGAACGACGACAGCAAAACAAAUGUAAGGGAAGAAAGCAUCUUGUCUCCACUUUACCUGACAGGAAAACUCCGCCUUUGUACGUAACCCCACCCCGAAGCCCCAGUUGGCCCUCCUUGGCCCAAGGUAUUCGGCGGGCCGAAAAAGGCCGGACGCUGGCCCCAAGGAAGCCCCGCUUUGGCCCGAUUACGCCCCGGAAGUGAUAGUGGAAACGCGACUGGCCUUGGCUCGCCCUGGCUCGCUCGCUUUAGGCGCGAUAGUGGAAACGCGGCUAUUGUCGCCUUGCCUUGGAUUGCAUAUGGACCAUAAAGCUGCAUGUGAACACACUGAAGGUAUGAAAGCAAACUGAAACGAGAGCUACAAAGAGGAUGUUUCUUUCCACACCGUGAGUAGCAGUAUUUGUUUAUUAUAUUCGUUCCGCAAAGGAAAACCGGCCUUCCAAUGCACACAGGCAAAGCGUAAACAAAGACUAUAAAAUAAUGUGGACGAUGCAGCAUCACCUUCUUCCAUUGAAUGAUUUGGCAGAUGACAGGCACAGAUAGUCACUAAUAAAAUGCUGAAAAGAAGCCUGGGGAUGCACAGAAGAAAUUCCCAAAGGAGGCAAAACCACGGUAUCAAACUCCUGCAUGUCAAAUCAGCACCCUGAACUUCUUAUCGGACCACCUGUGACUGCACCGUAUCGAAAAGGCUUGCUAAAAUAAUCACAAGCACUUAUAUUUAAAACAUGCAACAAUAUACCAUCUAAUGAAAACACAGUGUGGCGUUAAUUUAACAAACAGUGGUCCCUCGCUAUAACGCAGUUCACCUUUCGCGGUUUCACAGAUUAGUUUUUUUUUGUGCAGUUUGGGCGUGUUUUUUUUUACAGCGCAUUGUGUUCUGCGUCCUGAUUGGCUGUAGACCAUUGUCAGUUAAUCUCCUCCAUGUCUCCUGUACAGUACAGAAUGCGUUCAGCUUGCCAAA